AUCUAGACUCACCGCCCUGAUGAUGAAAGCGGCAGAAUGGCAAUUAGUUCUCUUACGCGUAUGCCUGCACAACUAUUUUAUAGCGCAAAGAUUGUCUCUGAUAUCUAUAUCUAUUUCAGCUCAACUAGCAACAUUGUUCAAACUACUAUAGUAUACGACAGAACCUAAGCUAUUCGUGCCACGGAUGCUUUAUCUCCUAAGAACUCACACCGCGGCCACUGCGCCACCGCGCUACAGGCGCAUACUUGGAAGUAGUGCCUGUAUCCAAUCGGUCACUUGAGCUCCCAGUCGACAUGUCAAAGCACAUGGAGAAGCUCGGGAGCCCCAGGGUGAGCCCGUCAUUCUAAGUUCUGGGGGUCGAAUAUACUUCGCGGGGUAAGGUACCCGUGUGCCUCGGCCAGGUACCGUGCAGAGACAGCAAACAGGUGAUUGCGCCAUGAAAAGGAUUCUGGCCUCUCUAUCUCCAGACUGUACAGAGAUGGAGUGAGGAUCAUUGGCUCUUCCAAUAUUGCUCGAACCCCUCUGCAGAACAAUUGAUCGCUAUCACAUCCUUGACACGUGCCUCGCGUGCCAGCCACAUGUGUUGAAUGGCCCAGGCGGCUCGUUUGACCCCCUAGCAAUGGCUUGCAAAUAGUUUCGGUGUCUAUCAAAUAGCGCUGCACAUCACAACGCUAUUCAAUGCCAAGUCCACGGCAGAUCGUUUGGUACCUUAUUGUCAACUAUUUCGAAAGUCUGUCAACCAUCCGAAGGCUCUCUCGAGGCUCUAUCCAUAGUCUACAUCAUUAGAUCUCAAUCUAUAAUUAAAUCGAUCCGACCUGAUGAUCAUCAUUGACGAGCAUCGAGGCUUGGAUGCAGGUUAAUAUAUCUGGAAAGAUGUUAGUCCAAGGUUGGGAAUGGUUGACGAUUGAUGAAGGAUCCCUUACUAGUGGGUUAUCCCUCAAUAAGUAUUCUCUAUAGAAGUUUAUCUUUCCCAUGCUUUCUUUACUCACUCAGUCUUUGUACUUCUUGCGAUCUUUUCAGCUUAGUCUUUUGAGCCACCCAUGUCAAAAGCUUGAUAUACUUUCACAAUCCAUCAUAUUUUACUCUUUUUAACUAAAAAUGGUAUCUAUCAAAGCCCUUCUCCUAUGGCCCUCGAUUGUAUUAGCCCUCACAACCGUCACCCAAGUAAAAAACGACAUCACAACCCUCGACAACAAUGUUCAAGCUCUCACAUCCCAAACCGCUCUAUAUAACGGUGGUCUCCUCCCCGCCACUCCCCUUCUCGGCUCUCUCACUGCCGUCUACCUUUCACUUCUACAAGGUGUCACAGAUUCCGCUCUGCUACCUUCUUCAAUAUCGGAAUCAGACGCACAAUCACUCAUUGAACAUGUCAACAUUACUCUCGCAAUCGACAACCCUAUUGCUGUAAAUACCCUCAAGGGGAAAAAGGCAUUGUUCAAGGAGCAAGGAUUAGAUGGUGCCAUUGUGGCUGGUCUAGGCUUGUUGCUGGCGGGACAUGAGGCCUUUACGAAUAAUGUGCUACAGAGACUUCCGGAGGAUCAGAGUGCAGAUGGACAGGAGGUCACACAACUUAUCACAGUGGCAUUGACCGAUGGGAUUCAUUAUUUCGAGAGUCCAUGAAGAGGAGCAAUUCUAGAGAGUAGUAGUAAGGUGAAUAGGUUAUAUGAGGGAGAUCACGAUGCCAAGUUUCACAUAAAUGAACAUAAUCA